GCACGCCGAGGCUGGGUCAAAACGCUUCCACCACGAACACGCUCCACGACCCCAAUGCGCCCACCGGCGUCGCAACACAUUGCUUGACUUUUGAAUGAGUCUCACGAUAAAGAAUGGUUCGGGUAGUCAAUGAGCCGGCUGCUAAGCAGCCGGUCGACUGGCCGGGCACAUACCCCGAGAGCUCUGCCUCUUUUCCUCUGGCCAAGUCGUCCAGGCCAGUGGACGAUGAGGACGAGUGGGAAUUCGAGUACUCCACCACCGAGGUAGAGACAUACUAUGUAACCAUGGACCUGUCGCAUCCGGGCAUGUUCGAGAAGGUCAAGGACACAUUUCAUUCGCAGAACCGAGGCGGCUACAGGCAAUGGUUCAACCCUGUCUACGCAGACCCCAACAAGAAUACACGACUUCGUCCUACUAAGACCAACGCAAUCUUGCUUGCGGACGAGGAGGACAAGGAUGACGAGGAUCUCGUGCCAAGAGAAGACGAGGACGCAGAGAUCGAGACCCACGACGAUAAAGGGAAUCGACAAGAAAACGAUAUCAUGGAAGCGAACGGGAACGAAACGGUCGACGAAAAUGCCGGAGACAUGAUCGAUCCUCGACUAAGAGGGGCGAUGCAACCCCCUGCGCGGGUAUCUCCAAAACCAGUAGAAAUGCCUGACGAGAUCACACAGGCCCUGCCAAGCAAGAAGCUGAAGAGUGUCGGGGAGAUCCAAGUGCUUGAUCUGCACUCUGACAGCCCGAUCAUAUCCUACAAGGGAAGGAUCUUCUCGGGCAGCUGGGCCAGCAACAUUGGUACCGAGCUCAUCUUCGGCGCGCACGAAGAGGUCGCGGAUCGUGGCUUGCCGUACCUGCGCAGCCUCCCCGGCGAUGUCGACCUCAUGGCCGCCUCCUCGGCUCGCAUUCUCACCACACCUGCGGACCUCAAACCCAAGAAUCCCACUGCCGUGGCGCAGCCAACGCGCCGGCAGGUCCCCGACCGGUACAGAAAGCUGCGCAAGGAGUCAGGCGUCAUAAUUCCGGUCGCUUUCGACAAGCACGGGUUCAGAAAGCCACAGGCCAGGUUCCUGGAGAACAUAAUGGCCAUCAAGCGGAAGAGGGGCGAGAAGGACGAGGUGACGACUAUGACGAGGGAUACUACGAGGUACUUUGUGGAUGCGGAGGACGACCCGGAGGAGGCCUCGCUGCAAAAGAAGAGACUGAGGGACAGGAGGAGACAGCUGAGGCUGAUGGAGGAGAGAGCCGCCGUGCCAAAGGAGAAGAGGAAGCCGCGUGGGAACCGUUGGACAAAUAGGGACCAGCCGACGGUCAGGUUUGGGGAGAAGGAUGUGAUUCAGGACGACGACGAUUUCAGAGAGCUUUCCACCAAAACGCCAGGUGUUUGGGACGAUUUGGAGGGCGACGGCGGAGAUGAUGGAGAUGAGCCUGAGGACUCGGCCAUGGAAGAAGACCGAGGCUGAAACAGUCUCGGGCGGCCACACAAUUAACCAAUAGUUACCAAAUGAUACCCAUUUUUCUUGUUCAA